AUGACAUCCAUCAAAGUUGCGAUCGCUAGUAAUUCACUAGGCAAGUCAGCUUCGGGGCAUACACUUCUUCAUAAACUUGAAGCAGCCAAAUUACACGGAUUCGAUGGAGUGGAAGUUGCCAUAGAGUGUCUUGAAGCACAUGCUUCCUCCUUCUCGCAACCAUCUCGAGCUUCCCGCCUGCGCGCAGCCGCCGCCGAUGUCAACCGAAAGGCGCAAGAAUUAUCUCUAUCUUUGAUAGCGCUCAAUCCAUUUGGCGCAUACGAUGGGCUUAUAGACCCAGCCGAAGUUGAGUCUCGUCUAGAAGAGGCAGAGCUUUGGUUCGACCUUUGUCGAUUGAUGCGAAUUCCAAUCUUCCAGAUCACGUCGUGUCUCUAUCCUAUUGAUCCUGUCAGGAUUACGCCGGAUGUAACCAAAAUCGCCGCGAAUAUGAAACUAUUAGGUCUGCUUGCACAGAAAUACGAUUUGCAAAUUGGAUAUGAAGCUCCCGCCUGGGGGACUCACCUGGAUACUUGGCAGCAGAUCCAUGAGAUUAUCAUGCUAGUCAACCUUCCCAAUGUUCGUCAUUGUCUUGAUACCUUUCAUAUUUCCGUCAAAGAGGCAGGCGAUCCGUUCAAUGCUGUGGCUCCUAUUCGGCCAGGCGGCCUCACAAAUCUGCGCCAAUCGUUGGACGAACUGAAGCAGACUGUGACGCCAAACCAGAUCGCCUAUUUUCAGUUAAGUGAUGCAAUGGUUGCUGACCAAAGCCAAGUGGGAUACCCACGGCGUGACCUUAAUCAGCCCCCAUACAUGACUCAAUCGCGAAACUGCCGGAUCUUCCCCUGUGAAGCGAAUCGUGGAGGUGUUCUUCCUGCACUCGAGGUUGCAAAGGCCGUAUUUGAUCUCGGGUACACUGGGUGGGUGUCGAUGGAAGUAUUUCAUACUGAUAUGUGGAAUCCACGCUCUUCAGUACCCGAUGACUGGGCUAGAAGAGGGAUGGCUUCGUGGCGAGAAAUAUCCUUUCACUGCGGGCUUGGUCGACAUACCCAUGGGAAGCUGUGA